AUGUUUGCGACUUUCAAUUUUACACCAUCCAAAUCAGUUCCAAGAUCUUCCAUUAAACUGCAAUUUGGGCGAAUCGAGUGCCUUGAUCGACGGAAUGUGUCAACAAUUCCGAUUUGCAGCACAUGUGCUCUCUAUCGUUCGAAGGAUGUCUUCUCAUGCUUCGUUCUUCACAGCAAUGAAUUUCUCGAAAAGUCUGGAAAUGUUCUGAUUGAAGGGGUUCCUGAUGUCAACGAAUGCCUCAGAAAGUGUAUGCAGGCGCCUCUCAAUCAUAAGCUCAAAUGCGAAACAGUGAUGUACAACGUGAAUACCAGAAAUUGUGUUCUUUCAAAAUAUACGAGAGAGGAGCGAAAAAUCAGAACUUCGGAAAGAUUGCAAAUCGAUUUAUACGAGAAUAAGUGUGCCACUGAGAGUGACACUGUUCGUCUGGCUGUUUAUACAGAACAGGUGCGGACCACAACAGCGCCAUUUAUCAUGAAAACAAGAGUUAUCUAUAGUAAGAUUGUUCUGGCUCAUGCAACUCCGUAUACCCAUUCAAAUCAAUAUCAAAGACAAAGAUUCGCGAAAACUUUUCAAAUGAGUGCUCCGAGGCCACUUGUUGAUUCAACUUCCACCGUCUCUUCUCAAUUUGAUGCUACUCCUUCAUACAGUUACGUGCAACGAAGGCAAAGAAGCGAUAAUUUCGCUGGAUGUUUUACUCGUACUCCUAAUCGGGUUUUGCCUCGAUUUGAGGAAUCGAAGACGGUCGGCGUCAAUUUGGAAUCCUGUAUUCGUAGUUGUGCAUUGAAUCAAGGAUUUUAUUGUGCUAGUAUUAACUAUAAUCCAUACCAAAAAAUUUGUAUAAUGAAUGGAGGAAAUGUGCAUCUCAAUAAUGAGCAAUUAUAUUCAUCAAGAGAAUAUGAUUAUUAUGAGAACACGUGUCAGCCCAAGGGGCCAGCGGUUACAAAAUCUACGGAUGGAGUUUCCACUAAAAAGGAGUGCUACCAUUUGUACAACAACUCGAUUUACAAUUCGUUUGAUGCCACGAUAAUUGGAGGACUUUCUGAUUUAGAAAGCUGUGAAUCUGAAUGUUCAUGGUCUCAUGUAAGAAGGCAUAAUAAAUGUGUUGCCCUUAACUGGAUUUCAUCAACCAGAGGAUGCAUGCUCUUUCAUAAAACUGUCGACUUUUCAAAUCUCAUCCCAUCUAUCAAUUCCGUCUUUUUGAUCAAUACCUGCGCACAAGAUGUUGAUGAAACUAAAGUUCAUGGCAGGAAGAUGAACACCAACCAACCUGAUUACUAUGAUCAACCGUCUUAG